CGGCGGCGGCGACGAAGACUGGGACGCGGCUCGCGCUGGCACCAUGAACCCGCUGUAGCGCGCAGGCUUCGCGGCGCGGGGGGCGGGGGGAGGAGGAGGAGGAGGACGGCGCGGUGAAGUUCUCCGCCAUGAACCUGAGGGGCCUCUUCCAGGACUUCAACCCGAGUAAAUUCCUCAUCUAUGCCUGUCUGCUGCUAUUCUCUGUGUUGCUGGCCCUUCGUCUGGAUGGCAUCAUUCAGUGGAGUUACUGGGCUGUCUUUGCUCCAAUAUGGCUGUGGAAGUUAAUGGUCAUUGUUGGAGCCUCGGUUGGAACUGGAGUCUGGGCACGAAAUCCCCAAUAUCGAGCAGAAGGGGAGACGUGUGUGGAGUUCAAGGCGAUGCUGAUCGCGGUGGGCAUCCACUUGCUCCUGCUGAUGUUUGAGGUGCUGGUGUGUGACAGGAUCGAGAGGGGCAGCCACUUCUGGCUCCUGGUCUUCAUGCCGCUCUUCUUCGUUUCCCCAGUGUCUGUGGCAGCUUGUGUUUGGGGUUUUCGACAUGACAGGUCACUGGAGUUAGAAAUCCUGUGUUCUGUCAACAUUCUCCAGUUCAUAUUCAUUGCCUUAAGACUGGACAAGAUCAUCCACUGGCCGUGGCUUGUCGUGUGUGUCCCCCUGUGGAUUCUCAUGUCUUUCCUGUGCCUGGUGGUCCUCUACUACAUCGUGUGGUCCGUGCUGUUCCUGCGCUCCAUGGACGUGAUCGCGGAGCAGCGGAGGACACACAUCACCAUGGCGCUGAGCUGGAUGACGAUCGUCGUGCCGCUCCUUACUUUUGAGAUCCUGCUGGUUCACAAGCUAGACGGCCACAACGCGUUCUCUUGUGUCCCCAUAUUUGUCCCGCUCUGGCUCUCCUUGAUCACUCUGAUGGCAACCACGUUCGGGCAGAAAGGCGGAAACCACUGGUGGUUUGGGAUUCGCAAGGAUUUCUGUCAGUUUCUGCUUGAAAUCUGCCCAUUUUUGAGAGAAUAUGGAAACAUUUCCUACGACCUCCACCAUGAAGGUAAUGAGGAAACCGAAGAAGCGCCAGUUCCAGAGCCUCCUAAGAUCGCUCCUAUGCUUCGAAAGAAGACCAGGGUAGCUAUCACCCAGAGCCCUGGAAAAACUGGAGCUGGAGCUGGGUCUCCGGGGACUUCCAUCUCAUGCCUUGUUUGCACUCAAUGCCUACCAAUGACUCACCGCGACAGGACACGCAGAAAGCCAUAAAGCACGACUGGAAACGGGAACACUGGAGAAGGGUGCCGAGACUAGAAAUGGCCAGCAGAGUGUGUGCGUUGAGGUCUGGGGCUUUUUGUCCGCCCCCAAGCCGGGCCCAUGCUUUUAGCUAGGAGGACCACGGCUCCAGGAGCUGAGGGUACAGCCACGAGUCAGAGGGAAGCAAGCAGAUGUGAUGGGAACAAGCAGGCCGUGAGUAAAAGAAGGUAAAAGGAGCCCUGGCAUUGUCACCUGGGAGCAGGGGAGAGGGGGAGAGGGGGCAGCUGCUACCUUGUCUAAACCGGGCUCCGCUGACGUCCACCGCGCCCACCACUCCGCCCUGGUGCCAGCCUGUAGGAAGCCUAUGCUGCCUGAAGGGGGACACUUGGAAUGGUGCCACCUUUCCGGCUUGGUGUAUAGCAAAUGUAGCCCAAUCCACUCUUUUUUCCGCCUUUAGCUGUUCAAUAAACUGGUUCAUCAUUUUCCAUGUGCACUGUGCGCGUCUUAGUUUGGAUAUGGUCCAGGAUGCUGGAAGUCCUGUCAACGAGCACAAAAGGGAACCUCGAGCUGCCACCAGCAGCCGAGGGGAGCAGGGGUGGGUGAGCAUCUCUCAGGAGUCUCCAGGGGCAGCUGGAAUAUGCAGUACAGAGAGGAAAGCCGGGGGCCCCGGGAUUCGGCUGUUGGUGGGGGAGCACACGGCCACAAUGCUGACGGGUGAGGAGGCGCCCGACAGUGUUUGCGAGUUCCCAGACAUUCUAAGGUGGAACUCGGCUUUUCAGUGGUCCCGAGGCAUUGCCCAGUCAGGUGGGCACUGAGUACCGCUUACAUCUAUGCAAAAUGCACUGUGAUUUCUGUGUAGCACACCCUAGCUGUCUCUAGAGACAGUUAACUCAGGUGGCGUUUCAGCUCACGGUUUGUAUGAAUCGACAAGGAAGGCCACCUUUUGCUGGUGAUGGAAGGCUUUUUGCAGGUACCCAAGGGCCACCGAUGGACCACUGCUUAAGCUCCUUAGAUUCAAACUUGCUGUGAGACAGCACGCUUCUCCAUAACCACGGUAACUGUGAGUUAAGUGGCAGGUACCUUGCCUCCAGCUGUACGUCCCCCUGAGUCCUCAGGACCCCAUGAAGCACGUGCUCCUACGAGUAUCCUUGUGGGGAAGCAGAGGCUCCGAGGGUGUGAGCCAGGCAGCAGGGGAUCAGCAGGUCUGUGGUGCCGGCCUUGGCAUCUUCUGGCCGAGCCCUCGCUCUCACCCACUGGGCCGGGCGCCUGGGCCGUGGGCAGGUGACGUAUUGGGUUUGGAGGCAUUUCUGAUUUGUGGAAAUCUCAGGAAGAUCCUCGAGCCCGUGACCAGAGUAGGGUGGGGGGCAUCAGUGGAGGUGGCCACGCAUGUGGGGAGAACGUGCCAGAUGGGCGGUUGCGCAUGGCCGCCUGUCUGAUGCUUGAGCAGCAGGCCCCAGAACAGGAUGGCAGCACUCAGGGCCUGGGCGCAAACCCAGACGGGGGUCCCAUGGACGGCGGUCGGUGGAAAGUGAGCCGCACCGUGGGUGAAGGCCCAGGGUGACCGCGCCGUCCCGGGUGAUGGGAGACUAGGCGUGCAGAGAGAGACCAGCCUGGGGUGGACACGUGCAGGCUGAGGAGCAGCAGGGGACGGUAGCCUG